GUUUAACAUCCGUGUCCCAUUUUAUUAUUAUUUUUUUUUCCUGUUGUAGCUGUUUCCAAUCAUUGUGGCAACAUAACAUUUUGUGUCACAGUUUUGGCUAAAAAUAUAACAUAGGGGCAGACAUUCUGAUACAAUUCUUCUCAGAGUUCAGAUUAUAGUGUGGCACAUAUUUUAGUCCGGGUUAGCUUAGCGCUUUUUUAAAUUCUUAUAAUUUAUCUUUAGCUUCAUAUUUAACUAGCAGUUAGAGUCAUAUGUAUUAUUUUUGCAGUUGGUACUGAGAUAAUUUAGAUGCACUGGAGGGCGGUAUGUUUCUAUGUUCCUGAGGAGUGACUACACAAAGAAGAAGAAGAAGACGCAGCACGAGAGUAGUACUGCCAAAUAUGGGGACAAGCCGGGUGUCGUUAGCUGGCUUUGCUAGUUAGAUAAGUGGGUGUGGGGUAAGUGUGCAAAAGACCAUAAACCAAGUACUUGUAUAUGAUUUCUGCACACCAGUUUGCACUAAAAUAGUCUCCAACAUCGAAUAACGUUCGUCAUUUGGUCCUGUAUGUUGACAGGUUUAGUUAUUAGCUUAUUAUAAGAAGAAGUCGAAGUUGGGCAGUCCAGAAUUCUUCAGGAUAGAAGAAGAUGUCAAUGGAAUGCUCCCUGCCACCUCCACCGCCUCCACCUGCUCCAUGUACACCACCUCAAACGUCAGCACCAAAGAAGAAGCUGUAUCAGACUAUAGCCAGCAGUAGACGUGCUGUAGAGGGAGAUCACACAGAGGCUUGCUUGCUGAUCAGUCAGAGGGAGACCAGUUUCAGGAAGGACCUGCAGUGGAUUCUGGCGAACACCUACGUGCCAUCACUCAUUCAAGAUGGUCCACAGUGUGGUCUGGUGGCUUUGUGGAUGGCUGCUCACCUACGGCAGCCGCGGCUGAGUGUCGACAUGGAGACGGUGGUUCAGACAGCUCUGAGCAGGGGAUACACGGCUCAGGGUGAAAUGUUCUCGGCUGACAAUAUGGCCCUGCUGGCAGAAGAGGUGUGUGGCUGCAAGGCCAAGCUCCUUUCGGGGGGUCUGAGUGGUAAUAAUGCUGCAGCCAUCAUCUCACACCUGUGGGGGAGACAGCCUGUUCUCAUCCCCUAUGACGAGGAUUACAACCACGAGCCGUGCCAGCGUAGUGGCCACAGAGCGCACUGGGCAGUUGCUUCAGGCGUUCUCCUCGGUGUGGACCAGGGGAGUGUGAGUAAAGAGCAUGUUCAGCCUGAUCCCUCUCUGCCGUGGCUCUACCUCGCCGCCGACAGCAGCUCAUCUUGUCCCGCCGGCAGCACGGCGCUCAGAGAUGUUUACAUCCUCGCUAAGCAAGGUAAAAGCUUGCGCUACCAGCUGUGGAGUUUGGACACUGUAGCUCAGAGCAAUGAGCAGCUGAGGAUGAUGGACCCUCAGAGAGCCAGUGAUGGCACCAAGUAUGUGGUUCCCAAAGGAGGGGUGGAGGCCGGUCUGGCUGGAAAGGCGGUGAUGCUCCACACAAGGUCCACACAGUGAAGCAGACACACAUUAUUUAUUUAAUUAAAAGGACUUUAAAGUAAGGGUUAUCAGGGAGAAGCCACGCCCACAUGUUCAGCCAUGCUCUGGUCACUGUUUUUGUAAA